UUUUGACAUAUAAACAUAUUUUUUCAAAAAUAAUUUUUCUAGUUAAAGUAGAAAAAAAAAUCUAAUUUCCAAAAAUAAAAUUAUGGAGGAUGGAUUAAAAAUUAUGCCAAGAGCAAUAGUAUGUUAUGAUAUUGUUACAAAAGGUGAUAUCACCAUUUCCAGUGGAUGUGUCAUUCAACCUAGUGUAACUAUAAUUGCGGAAUCUGGUCCUAUAUUCUUUGGUGAAAACUGUAUUGUUGAGGAAUAUUCAACUAUUAUUUUUAAAGUACCAGAGCAUCUCAAAGAUGAAAACAAUACCCCUAUGCUAAAUAUAGGAUCAAAUAAUGUAUUUGAAGUUGGAUGUACAGUAAAAGCAUUAAAAAUUGGUGAUAAAAACGUUUUUGAAUGUAAAAGUUUCGUUUCUGAUGAAGUAGAAGUGUCAAGCGGAUGUGUAAUUGGUGCAGGUUGUCGUUUGGAAGGUAAAUACAAAUUAGCUGAAAAUACCGUAGUUUAUGGGAAAAACUGUUUGAUGAGAGAAUGUUUAGAAAAACCAACGUUGCAAAUUUUGCAAAUAGACUAUUUAAGGAGAGUUUUACCAAAUUAUCAUCAUUUGAAAAGACACACUGGUAGUCAAAAAGCGCAAGAGAAAAUAAUUCCACAAAAAUAGUUCAUAAUUUAAUACUUAUGAUUUUUGGGUAAACUGUAUGCAUUAAUAUUUAUGUGCACAAAAAUUUUUGAAAUAAUUUAAAUGUAAGAAUAAAUUUAUAAGUAAAAAAUAUAAUAAUAUUGAUUGUUGAA